GUUCGCUCUUCCCCGGGUCAUCGUUGCCCUUCACCACCACGCCCCUCCUCCAUAUGGACUGGACGAUGCUGACGCAUGCAAGUUUGACCGCCUUGACAGAUCGUUCAGCCUUCUCCACGCCCCGUCUAGCCCUCAUCGAUUCAUGAAACAUGGUUCAAGGCCCGUCGCCCGAGCUCCUCGAAUCCAUCCGCCAUCCUACCAGCCUCGAUGCACAUAUUGCUAGUCUGAAGCAGCUGAAGAACGGGCUCAUCGGCCAUGACCAAAGGAAAGAGCUCGCCAUCAAGAGGGGUGUGGCCGAUAUUCUCGUGCCCAUUCUGACUGCCCCAACAAAAGCCGCUGGCAAGAAGAGGAGUACAAAUGGUUCAUUAUCGGGCGGUCCGCUACAGACUGCUCCACCCGCUUGGACUGCCGAGUAUGAGGUCCGACUGCAGGCUACAGUGAUUCUGGGAAUUCUGGCAAAUGGCGGUUCACCAUUCGUGCAACCUCUUCUUGCUGCGGGCGCUGGAAAUGCUCUGGCACAGAUCGUGGCAGAGGAUGAACCCCCUCGCCUCGUGACGGCCACGUUGAAGGCGUUGCAACAUCUCGCCCGCUCUGCUGCGCUCAUAAACCGGCUUCCCUUCGAACCAACAGCGCUCGAGGAAGACCUAUUGCCGUCUCUGCUCAAGAGCGCAUUGCUCAACACUGCGUGCAAGGAGCAGCAGAAACUGGCGGCGGACAUCAUAGUUCACCUGGCGGAUCAAGACGAAGUCAAAGACACGCUUGCCAAGCAUCUCCUCGAGACUCUAGCGCGUCUGCUUGCAGCCAGUGCGAUCGCUAAUCGGCAUGUCGAUUACCACCGCCCGCUCUCGUCACACCUCUCCCCGGCCCCGCCAAACACCACCAUCCCUUAUAUUUUAGCCGCUAUCAUCGGCAUCACCACCGGGUCCAUCUUCCGCAUGCAGUCGUUCAUCCACUCCAGCCCCAUACGAGACCUUUUUCAAACAGCAUGGGCCGAGUCCAAUCCAGCCAACUCAUCGCUACCGCAGCUGCAUGUGCCCGUCUACAAAACCGUCUCCUUCUCUCCCGCCUUCCCCGUCUUGGGCAGCUUGCCGCAAGAGCACGAGCGAGACUCAUCCUACGACGGUGCCCAAGCCGGCAGGGAUGCGAGCUAUGCGAAUGCGGUGAUUGGCUGGCUCAUUGUGCUUGCCAGAUCGCUCUCCGGUCGAAAUCGGAUCGCCGCCCUACUCUUAUUGGCGCAGAGUCGACCCGAGUCUACUCAUCGGCAUCGAGAACGGGAGAGGCAGCUAGCCACGUUGGCCAUUCCCCUUGCUGUUCAGCUAAUCCAAGGCACGACACCCGAGGAGCGAACCAUGGCGGCGUCGUUACCGACAUCAGACACCGAGAGCAGGGAGGUGCAGGGCGAUGCGUGCGACGCCCUCGCUAUAUUAAUCGAAGACAGUAAGAUCCUGCAAAAUGCGGCUGUAGAGGCGGGUGCGAUCAAACGCAUCUGUCCGAUUUUGAAGCAGAGCUUUGAUACCAUCACACCCGCGAGACCGAUGUGGGUCGCACACCCCCCCGGACCGGACGAAGCAGAUCUACCGGAAUCGUGCAAGCUGGGGAUCAGAGGCUUGCCUGCGGAAAUUUACCACACCAUGCGAAUGCGAGCAAGCGCUCUCCAGGCCUUGGCGGCUCUGGCGAGUCGGGAAGACAUCCAUAAGAAGGUGAUUGUGGAGGCGGGCGUGGUCAGCUGCAUCAUUGAUUCCCUGAAGCCAUUCACGCCCGAGGUCACCGCGGCCAUUGAGGGCAGGAGUAAGCCUCUGCAACAGUUCUCCACCAAGGACGGAAACGGGCCCACCGUGAUCCAAGCGGCGUGUCUCGCAGCGAAGUGUAUCAGUAGAAGCGUAAGCUUGCUGCGUACCAGUUUGAUCGACGCCGGCAUCGCCAAGCCCAUCUUCGAACUCCUCCAACACACCAAACCAGAAGUACAACUCGCCGCGACGGACGUGUGCUGUAAUUUGCUGCUCGAUUUCAGCCCCAUGCGCGAUGACCUCCUUGCCGCCGGCGUUAUCAAAACACUCACCGAGCACGCGCGACAAUCGGAGAUGGGGCUGAGAUUGGCGAGCCUGUGGGCUCUGAAACACUUGGUGCAGAACAGUCCUAAAGACGUCAAAAUUCAGUGUCUGGACGAGUUGGGCGUCGGCUGGUUAGUGGGUGCCAUCCAAGGCGAGCAGGGCAGCGCCGUUGCCGAUCCCGCAAGUUUCAGCAUGGGAGGCGUCAGUGUGGCGGGAGGAGGGUUUAGCACACCCAACGCCGCAGGAGAGCAGGUUGACCUGCUGAACCCCAACACAAAUAUGGACAUUGACGAGCAGGCGGACGAAGAUGAAGCGCUGGACGAGGGGGACGAGGAGGAAGAAGAUGAAGACGAGGAUGGAGAAGUCAUGUACGACGAAGCGGCCGGAAUUCACUACCAAGCUUCCCAACUCCGCUCAACCCUGCAUCGCUCACCCGAUGACGCCUUCGUCCCGAGCGUACCCGAAUUCAACUCGGCGCGAUAUCUCGCGUCAGUGCGGGAGAAGGAGUACAACCCCGUGCUGCAAGCGAAACAAGACGACAUCGCCGUACAAGAGCAAGCACUCGAUUUCGUGCGCAACCUCCUGCACGGCGAAGACUGCGCCUUCAUGUUCGAGCACCUCCUCCGCGCCAUCGGGCAAGACAAACUGUUCAGCCUGCUAAACGACAAACUCGCCCCCAUCACCGCCCCCUCGCCCCUCCUCUUCCGCGGCGCCCCCCUCCCCCAACCCACCAAACCCCUCUACCAAUCCACCGAGCUCAUCCUCUCCACCGUCCACGUCCUCACGCACAUCGCCAACGCCUCGCCCACGCACAAGCAACUCCUCAUGGCGCAAAAGCACCUCCUCGCCCACUGGCUCCCGCACUUCAACCACCCGGACAAGCGCGUGCGCGUCAUCUCCGUCUGGGCCGUGAAUUCGCUCACGUGGGUGGAGGACGAGGGCGACCGCACGACGGCGCAGCUGCGCGUCAAGGAGCUGCGGUCGUGCGGGAUUGAGAAUGCGAUUCGCGGGCUCGCCAACGAUCCGGAAUUGGAUGUUCGCGAGCGCGUUAAGACUGCUGUGCGCCAGAUGGAUGGGCUUUAG